AUGAGCGCGACGUGCCCGCGCUGGCUCCAGGACCUCGAAGAAGAACGUCUCGACCGAAUCUCGUUGGUUGUGCGUCUCCUCUUGGACGCCAACGCGAAUCUCAACGCCAAAAACAACGACAACCAGACAGCGCUUGAUUGGGCGGUUGAAAAGAAACACAAUGACGUGGCGCAGCUCUUGAGCGACCAUCCAGAACGCCAGAGUACCAAAACCAAGGUACAUAUUGACACGUUGGACCUUGUCGACGUCUAG